AUGGAGAAUUACUAUGAUUAUUCUACGGAUAAAGAUUUUGAUAAAAGUUUCAGUACUGACCAAGAUGAACCAUUAUUCAUUCAUGAUUAUUUGGCUGCUAUGAAGGCAAAACAUUGGUUAGAAGAACAAGAUUCUUCAGAAAUAAUAGAAUAUGAUGAUGAUAGUGAAAAUUCAUUAUCUGAAGAUGAGCAUAUAGAUCGCCAAUUUUUAAAUAUAGAAGAAAAUCAACGAUCACCUUGUGUUAUUAUUGAUAAUUUAAAAGGAGAAAUUAGGCGCUGUAAUUCAAUUAAUAAUCUAAGAUCAAAAUUACAAACAUCUCUUCAAGAAUUGCUAAUGGCUAUUGCAUCCAAUAUAUCUGUGCAAAGUGUUUUGAAAGUAAUGUCUCAAACAUGUGUUAAAAACGACUUAUGUAAAGAUGAUACUAACCAAGUUUUAAAAUUAUUCUCACGGUGGUUGUCAAAUCUUUCAUAUUCUGAAAAUGAAAAUCAAAAAAAAGAAGUAGUGUUGCAUAUGAUGACAUUAUUAGAAAAUCAAAACGCAAAUGAGUUAUCCUCUACAAAUACAACAAAUUGUUUACCUAGUCCACUACUCGUAAAAACUGCUAUGAAGAUUAAUGCAUUCGAUUAUUAUUUAUUUACAGAUAAAAAAUAUGUAAAAGCAGAUGAAUACAGACAGCAUGGAGAAGCAUUAGGAA